AUGUCUAACUCCAACGCCGUCAAUCCUCCUCCGCCGCCGUCGCCGUCACUUUCUUCAUUACCUGACGAAAUCGUUCUGAGAUGCUUAGCAUUGGUCCCAAGAAGCUAUUACCUAAACAUCUCAUGGGUCUCAAAACACCUAAGAGCCCUUGUCCGCUCGCCUGAGCUCAACGUCAUGCGAUCCACCUUCAACAAGAAGAAGUCCCUCUAUGUAUGUUUCCAAGAAGAAGAAGACGACGAAGACACCUUCCACUGGUUCACUCUCUGUCCGACAGAGUGUCAGUUAGUUCCGAACCCAACUCCCUUCCCUUGUCAUCCUUGUUUAACCGUCGAAGUGGGGUCAAAGAUAUUCUUCAUUGGCGGAUAUAGCAAACCUACCACGGAUCUAUGGAUCCUUGAUACACGAUCUGGAACCAUGACUCAGGGAACAAGCAUGAGCGAGCCUCGAGUAGUUCGCAGAGCAGCUGCUGGAGUAAUCGACGGGAAGAUAUACGUUAUCGGAGGCGGAGAGUUUUAUGAAGAGGUCCACGUUGAAGUUUUUGAUCCGAAGUCGGAGACUUGGGAGGUUCCGGGGGUGGAGAACGUGCCUGACAUUCCACGGUAUGGCGCCUCAGUGGAGGGGAAAGUGUACAUGGUGGACUACGAGAAGACACAUGUGUACAACCCUAGGGAAAAUGAAGGGAGACGGUUGAUUCAGAUGGUAAGUAAGAGACUCAAGGAAGGUGGGAGAGAGGAGAUGCUAAGGGAAAGAGUGGCUGGCGUGUGUGCGGUGGAGGAUGUUCUCUUUGCUUUGUUUGAUAAGAGUGGGCUGAUGUGGUUUGAUACAAAGCGUAACGUGUGGAGGAGAUUGGUGGGUCGUGAAGGGAAGGAGAUGUUUAUCUUCCAUGCGGAUGUGAUGGCGGAAUACGAUGGGAAGCUUGUGGUUUUGUAUAUGUGGGGUGAGAGUAGAGAUACUUUUACCAAGAGUGUUCGGUGUAAGUUGGUCUCACUGCAUAAAGCUGGAGAUAGGAUUUGUGGCACGAUUGAUUGGUCUGGUGUUGUGGCUUCAGUCCCAGAUUGGUUUGAUUUUCUGCAUUGUUUAGCUGUUUCCGACAUUCGGCCAAAAGAGUUUAGACUUCGCACUAAGGAACAAGAAGUGGAUCCUACUUGCACUGAGUAG